CCGGAGAGUGAAUGAGGUUGAUGCUGCUCUGCUGCACGUGGAAGGACGAACGCAUGGGAGAGGAGGAAGCUGGGGGAAGUUUGCCCGUUUGUGCGGGAUGCAAACAGAGGAUCUACGAUGAGCAGUACCUCCAGGCCCUCAACACUGACUGGCACACCGUCUGCUUCAGAUGUUGUGAGUGCAGCGCCUCACUAUCCCACUGGUAUUAUGAAAAAGAUGGACGACUCUUCUGCAAGAAGGACUACUGGGCCAAAUUUGGGGAGAUGUGCCACGGCUGCAACGAUCCGAUCACCACCGGCCUCAUCAUGGUCGCAGGGGAACAGAAAUAUCACCCAGAAUGCUUCACCUGCCUGAACUGCAGGGCAUUCAUCGGUGAUGGAGACACAUACGCUCUGGUGGAGAGAUCCAAACUCUACUGUGGUCACUGUUACUAUCAGACCAUCGUCACCCCGGUGUCGCUGCCGGACUCACCAUGCUCACGGAUCCCUCACACGGUCACGCUGGUGUCCAUCCCAGCCUCUGCCGAGGGCAACAACGGACGCAGAGGGCGAGGUUUCUCCGUGGCCAUUGACCAGCCACUCAGCCCAACCAACGGCUAUAGUCCUGAUCAUGGACACACUGUCAGAGUCUCAAAGGUGGACGCAGACUGCAUCAGUCCAGAUGUGAAAAAUUCCAUUCAUGUUGGAGAUAGGAUCCUGGAAAUCAACGGGACGCCCAUUCACAAUGUUCCUCUGGAUGAGAUCGACCUUCUGAUCCAGGAGACGAGCCGGCUGCUGCAGCUCACCAUUGAGCACGACCCUCACAGUCAGGGGCAGGAGGGAGGCUCCUCAGAGGCUGAAGAGCAGGUGGAUGGGCCCCUGUCCACCCCUCUGUCUGAGGGGCCUAGCCCCAUCCUGCCCAUCACCCAGCCCCCCAACCCCGACAUCAGCAACCUGAGAUCCCGCAUUAUCACGCGGAGCUACAGCAUUGAUAAGUCACCAGGCUCCAGCAACGCGGCGUCCCCCAUCUCCCAGAGGAAGGACAUCAAUCGAUCAGAGUCGCUCCGUGCUGUUUCAAACCGGACUCACCGCAUCUUCCGCCCAUCUGACCUCAUCCAUGGAGAGGUGCUGGGGAAGGGCUGCUUCGGACAGGCCAUCAAGGUGACCCACAGGGAGACAGGGGAGGUGAUGGUGAUGAAGGAAUUGAUUCGCUUUGAUGACGAGACACAGAAAACAUUCCUGAAAGAGGUGAAGGUCAUGCGUUGCCUGGAUCACCCCAACGUGCUCAAGUUCAUCGGAGUCCUCUACAAGGACAAGAGACUCAACUUCAUCGCAGAGUACAUAAAAGGAGGCACCUUGAGGGAGAUCAUCAAGAAAAUGGACAGCAACUAUCCCUGGAACCAGCGGGUCAGUUUUGCCAAGGACAUAGCUGCUGGGAUGUCAUAUCUGCAUUCCAUGAACAUAAUACACCGGGACCUGAACUCACACAACUGUCUAGUCCGAGAGAACAACACAGUGGUGGUGGCAGACUUCGGGCUGGCUCGGCUCAUGGUCGACGACAAGCACGAGCAGAAGUUGUCGCAGGGGAAACUGUCGGGUCUGAAGAAGCCCGACCGCAGGAAGAGGUACACUGUGGUGGGAAACCCGUACUGGAUGGCUCCUGAGAUGAUCCACGGAAAGAGCUACGACGAGAGAGUAGACAUCUUUUCCUUUGGUAUCAUGCUCUGUGAGAUAAUUGGCAGGGUGAACGCAGACCCAGACUACCUCCCCAGGGCAAUGGACUUCGGACUGAACGUGUCCGGAUUCCUGGAGCACUACUGCCCUCCAAAUUGUCCCCCUGCCUUCUUCCCCAUUGCUGCUGUGUGCUGUGACCUUGAUGCAGACAAACGCCCUGCUUUCUCCAAACUGGAGGAGUGGCUGGAGAACCUGAAGAUGCACUUGGACAUUGGUCUGCCCCUGGUGUCUGAACUGGACCAGCUGCACAAGGCCUUCUGGGAGAACCACAGCAUCACGUGCCCUGAAAACGGCCUGCACACCCACCCCGAACAGCCAGAGUAGGACUGAACACUACAGGAGGAGUGGGAAGUUAGAGUUAACUCCACCAAGGGCAGCAACCGUCUGCCUCAGGUAGUGCAGUGGCCGGAGGAAUCGUGUAAAUACCCCUCCAUGUUUGAAGCAGAUACAGCGGGCUCAGGCUGGCUCAGGCUUAAUGAACAGACUCAGGGGGAAAAUGUGGAUGUGAAAAGCCACCUGUGCAAGAUGCACACGCACGCAGACACACACACACGUACACAUUCAAAGUCUAAUCAAGAGACAUUAACUACAAUAGCUUGAUUCUGCUGCACCCGAAGCUAAAGUGGAACAUAUCAUAUGCAAUCAGACCCGACUUUCAAAUCAUGACUAAACUCCUGAAUCAUGUAGAUUUAACAUUAGUGGUCAUUCCAGUCAAGAAAACUUACUGUAGUUACUGUAGUGUGUACAUUCAUGUGGAUAAAUUAGUCCAGACAACAGGGCACAAAGCAAACAAACCUUCAAACUCCUCACUUUGGGCCUCUACAGAGUACAUUACGCAGUAUGUGUUUGCAGGUGUUUCUGUGUGAGCUUGGUUUGAUUUUGCUUUUUGGUUUGGAUCUCUAAACUGAACUUGUGAAAAAUGCAAAGGAGAGGGGCCUGUCUGUGGCUUGAGAGACGCAAAUGAUGAGAUCAACUUGAUGGCCACUUGUACAAGUCAAAAAAAAACAGCUUUAAAUAGCUCAUUGAAGAGUGCAUGACUGUAAAUAAUGCCGUCAGGUCAGAUCCUGGUUCAUCGUGUCCCUUUGACCGCAGACCUACUUGUGUCUGUGGCGCUGCCCCUCCCUCUAAUUUAUUGUGUAGCACUGACUUAACACUGAGGUACACAUCUUUGGCAUAAAUGCGGUACAUUGUCCCCCUAGUUUUAAGAGCUGUCAGUGUAUCUCAUUCAUAUUGACGUGGCAUCUUCAUCCAUGCAUUCAUUCCAGUGUACAUAGCUGCCGACAUUGUAAAUGUUUUAAAUAUUGUAAAUGUACAGACAUAUUUUAUAUACGUAUCCUACAUUGCCAUAUUUUUAUUGGCCG